CUUUAGGUUCCGUUAGCUAAUCUCGGGAUACGGACACGCCUUGACGUCGUGAGAUAUAAAGCAAGGGGUGUAUAAGGCCAACCAUAUCAGUUCUUCUCUACCACUACUUCACCUCAACUACUUCCCAGAACAAACAAUGCAGGUACUCAUUUUCGCUACCUUAAUCGCCGUUGCCGUUGCGGCUGAUGUCUAUCCACCCAAAGCUUAUCCGACUCCGGCUUAUUCCUCCCCUUCUUACUCAACUCCAGCUUAUAGCAAGAGCUAUGAUUACCCCCCACAGCCGUACAGCUUCGCCUGGGAAGUCAAUGAUGCUCCAUCCUACAACGAUUAUGCCCAUUCUGAGAACAGCGAUGGGAAGUUGACUACCGGAUCUUACCGUGUUGUUCUACCCGACGGCCGUACUCAAAUUGUCAACUACAAAGCUGAUAGCUACGGAUACGUUGCCGAUGUCAAAUACGAAGGUGUGGCCAAGUAUCCGGAAUACAAACCUUCUGCAGCUUACAAGGCCCCUGCUUACAAAGAACCUACCUAUUAAUUCAGAAUGAAAAUUAUUUGUACACAAACGUGUUUGUAAAGUGGGAAUACAAUUUAUUUAUAACAAAUGAAA